UCCCGAGAAAGGCGCGAGGUCUCCAGAAAAGACAGCUAGCGGCAAGGGAAAAGGGGCGGGCCCGGGUCGGAGGGGCGGGGCGACUCGCCUUCCGCUCGGGUCACGCGCGGCAGGAAGUGCUGCCGGCCGCGGAGUACUCGAAAUGGGGACCUGCCUGGAUAUUAAGAUUAAGAGAGCGAACAAGGUUUAUCACGCCGGGGAAGUCCUCUCGGGCGUGGUGGUCAUAUCUGGCAAGGAUUCAAUCCAGCACCAGGGAGUGUCUCUGACAGUGGAAGGAAGUGUGAACCUCCAGCUCAGCGCCAAGAGCGUGGGUGUGUUCGAAGCUUUCUAUAAUUCUGUUAAGCCUAUCCAGAUUAUCAAUAGCACCAUCGAAAUGGUGAAGCCAGGAAAAUUUCCCAGCGGCAAAACAGAAAUUCCUUUUGAAUUUCCCCUGCACGUGAAGGGCAACAAAGUUCUGUAUGAGACUUACCACGGCGUGUUUGUCAACAUUCAGUAUACCCUGCGCUGUGACAUGAGGCGGUCUCUGUUGGCCAAGGACGUGACGAAGACCUGCGAAUUCAUCGUUCACUCCGCUCCUCAGAAGGGGAAGCUGACCCCGAGCCCUGUGGACUUCACUAUCACUCCCGAAACCUUGCAGAACGUCCGAGAGAGAGCCCUGCUCCCCAAGUUUCUCAUCAGGGGCCAUCUCAGCUCAACCAGCUGUGUCAUCACGCAGCCGCUGACGGGCGAGCUGCUGGUCGAGAGCUCGGAGGCCGCCAUCAAGAGCAUAGAGCUGCAGCUGGUCCGCGUGGAGACGUGCGGGUGUGCCGAAGGAUAUGCCCGAGACGCCACGGAGAUUCAGAACAUUCAGAUCGCCGACGGAGAUGUUUGCCGGAGCCUGUCUGUCCCCAUAUACAUGGUCUUCCCCCGGCUGUUCACCUGCCCUACGCUGGAGACCACCAACUUCAAAGUGGGAUCUGGCCCCGUCGACAGUGCUGUGCACGUAUCAUUUAGCCGAAUGGUGAUCCUCGGAGGAGGGAACGGUUACUCUCCGCGUGGCUGAUGGAGGGAUCAGAAUUGACGGAAGGCAACGCCCACGCCUCCCCGCCUCCCGGGGGAGCUCUGUUUAACGAGGUCCAGUUUUACCUGCGCCAAACCCCGGGCCACCCUCACCUCGCUCGGUGCGGGCCUCGCUGUGCCACGUCAGCGACAUGCUUUUCUGCCCUUUUCCUCCUGUUCCCCAUCCCACGUUGGCUGUGUCCCCGUGUCGGCCGAGGGGAGCUCAGGGCUCUGCUGCCUUUGUUCUCAGUGAUGGCCUCCGUUUUGAUGAGGUGAAUCAAAGGAAGAUGAAAUCAGGAGACAGGAAAUCGUUUGCAGCUGGAUGCCGUUAAGGAGUGAGGUGAGUGACAGAAGACCCACAAAUCCAAGACAAGUCGUACUCUCGUCCUGAUUUCCUUUCUGGAAAGUGAAAACGUCAGGGAAUGUUCUCGGCCAGUUCAGCCCACUGUAGUGUCUUGUAGUAAUGACCUCACAGUGGCCUUGUUGAGGGGGUUCUGUUAUCCCCACUUCGCAGCUAAGCAAGCUGAGGCCCAGAGAAGCUGUGAGCUGCCCGAGCCACAUCGCUCUGUAGGUUUCCUGGCCCGAUCAUCCGCCCCCACGGCCCCGACUUCCCACACCAAGAGAGAAUUAGAAUAGCCAUUGCCAAAGACGCACGUGAUCUUGUUCGUGGGGGGCCACCUGUUCUUCGUGCACCCCUGCUGUCAAAGCCACUCUUCGUAAUUGCCACUGGUUGUCAAAGAGGCAGAAGAAAGUUUUGUGUGGAGAAACCUCUGUCCAUGGUCAGGCUCAUCCAAGCUAACGGAUGUUGGGACCAGCGUAGAGCUGAAAAGUCACAAGGCAGGGCAACUGCUUGGGAAAAUGCUCCGGGAAGAGAAGGCCACUUUUGGGCGAGAACAAUUCUGGAACGCCAAGGUGGGCAAAACUAGACACUCGGGCAGAAAAAAAGUGUGUGCGUGUGGGUCCAAGAGGUGGAGGUGAGAGUAAGUCUCCUGGGUCAGUGUCUUCACUCUGACCACCAAAACCUAUUUAUACUCGAGACUGUCAAGAGUGGCUGGAAUAGUCAAAGAACGUGACUUUACUAAGAAACCUAAGGGUACCUAGUUUACAGACUCAAAGCUGACCCAUCUACACUUAACACAAAAUGCAGUGAAGUGAUGGAGGGAGUAAAGGCAAACCGGAGUGAUAGCUCAGUGAGGAGUCGUGACACAUAGUUCUGCUUUCCUGAGAAUGUCGCUGGUAGAAUGGGGCCACCUCGACCCCCGCCAGGUUAGGCAGGAGUCCAAGUGCUGCGGGGUUUUUCACAUCCAAACCCAGCCAGGCCCUCUGAAACCCUGCAUUAACAUACAAGAAGCAUACUCUGGAGGUUUUAAGUACUUAGGAAAGUACAAGACAUCAUUUGCACUUGUGUCUGCAAGACUGUUGUCAGAUUUUGGGAGCACCCCCUUGACCAAGACCAAGGGGGCGGAAAAACCAAAAUAUUGGAUUGCCUGUGAUCGGCAUCAACUGUCACUUGCUCCAGCGAUGCCUCUGUUUGGUUCCCUUGGCAACAUCCAGCAGGGGCAGGAGGCUGGGGUUCCCUGAGGUAGGGUUUGUUAAACAAGUGCUCUGUGAGAUGGGAUGUUGUCACUUCCUUUCUCAGGGGUCACCCAUCUGGGGGACAAAGGACUAGAGCUUCAGAACCAUCACUUCUGGGUCUUAUGUGAUGGGAUGGGACCGGCUUUCCUGUUUUAGACCAGCAGCCACUGAUCAGGCCCCCUGAGGGAGGCUGGGCCAGCAGCCCAGACAUAUUGCUGCUUGAUGCACCAAGAAAAGGGUACGUACAGACUUAGUUGACGAAAGGUUGUGGAAAAGAGCAGAAAACUAAAAUCAAGUAUUCAUUUUAAUUUUUUAAAUGUUUAUGUUUUAAUUUUUUUAAUGUUUAUUUUUGAGAGAGAGAGAGC